UUUUAAAUAAUCUUUUGUCUGUUUUUGUAAAGGAAAAUCAGAGAUUGCAGAUUGCAAAUCCUUGUUCAAUUCUUAAAUCUAAAAAUUCAAAAAAUGGGAGCAGAAGAAGAAAAGACAAGCGAGAGAUCAGUAAAGGUGUUGCUAUCUGGUAUGUUCAGCAGGAAGAAGAAGAAGAAGAAGGGAUCAUCAUCACCAUCAAAUGAAGAUCCGCGUUUGAUGAUGAGAAGAGACAAAACUAAUAAUAAGAAUGUGCAUAUGUCUCUCUCUGAGUUGAUGAGGAAGUUGAAACAUUCUUUCAAAAAGGAGAAACCGCAACAUGACAACAAUAAGAGGUUACUAGUACUGCGGAAGAAGAAGGGAAAGAGUUUAUCAACAACAACUAAAGAUCAUUUCUUUAUCGAGCGGAUGGCUUCAAUAUCUCAGAAGUUACAACAACACCAUGUCUUCAAGGAGAAACAUAAUCUGUUGUCUGAGAAUGGAGAUUCCGAUCAACACUUGGCAACGAGUGAAGAGGCUCAAGGAAGGAUUGUAUCGCUGCUUCCGGGGUAUUCGUCCCCUUUUAGGAGCCCUGGGAAAAUAUGGGACCAGAAUCCAACUCUCCUUUCCAAAUCUGCUUCAGACAAUUUUAUGAAGUCUGAAACAUUGGCAGAGAUAGAAGAAAGGGUGGUUUCGUUAAGCCAGGAUAGUAGGAGCCCUUCCGUGUCCAGUAGCAGCCACAACUUCGUCACCUUUGAGAUAUCACAACUUCGAGAAGCUUCUGAUGUAGAGAAAGAUGAUGAGAGCUCCCAUGAAGAGAGCCUACCACAACCGUCUCUUCUCUCUGCGUCAUCACCAUCUCACUACAUAUCUAGAACCGAUGAAUACGAACUAGUUCUUGACCCGCUCUUCAUUGGAUAUGAAAUUAGUCCAGCAAGAGGUGAAGCAAAGAGACAGACUCUGUUUAACCACAAUGAAGAAAAAGAUGUUCCUAUGAAUGAAAAAGAAAGAGUGUUUAAGUACGUUAAAGCGGUGUUGGGUGCAAUAGACUCAAGCUGGGAAGAGAUGCACCUGAAAACAGAAUUCUCCGACCAGAUUCUCAACCCGGCUUUGUUCAACAACAUACCAUUCUAUCCAAGUCGGCUUUGUGCUGCUGACCAUGACCAUGAGCUCCUCUUUGACUCCAUCAACGAACUCAUCUUCGAAUUUUGCAGGUUUCCUCAAUGGGUAUCCUUUGUUAAACCAAGAACUGAUCAAGUCUUCUCAUUCAAUGGUGAUGAGAGCAUCGUUGACGAGGUUCAGAAAGAGGUUUACUGUCGUCUCUUCCCGUUGCAGUUUGCUGACUCGGUGGACCAAAUCAUUAGAGAAGACAUGGAUAAACGCGGAAACUGGUUAGAUGACGUUAGAAGUGAGGUUGAGUGCAUUGGCUUUGAGACUAGUGAACUGAUUCUAAAUGAAUUACUGGAACAGCUCAUGCUUGACUUGUUGUGAAGAUUAGAAGAUGAUCACCCUGUACUAGCAAUCACUUUGGAGAGAUGAGUAUAUGAAGACUAUUUUU